AUGGAUGCGAACCCCAGCAACACCUUGGGCGAACUAGAGACCCGCUCGUCGCGCCAGCGGGUCACGCGACAGCACACACUCGAAAGGGUUCGUAACAAUCAACGCCGCCACCGGGCUCGUCGUCGAGACUACAUUGCCGAGCUAGAAAAGAAACUUGGUGAGGCCGAACGACAUGCUACGUUGCUUCAGCAGCGGGUGCAAGCUUUGGAAGCUGAGCUGAGUCAAUACCGAGAUCGAAGCACUCAAUUCACUUCGGCCAUUUCUCAGUUCUCGUGGACGGACAGCGGAGAGAAUUGUCCCCAGUCACUAAUGACAACUGCUCGCAAUCGACAUUUAGAUGAUACUCAACAGCAGCCAGAGGUGUUCAUUCUCUCCGAGCCCGAUGGAGCUACACCACCGGACCUUCUACAGACGACAAUACCUCUCCACCUUACAGACGAGUCGAACGCCCAAGAAUUCCGAUGGGACACCUCCAUUUUGUGGCCGGAGAACAUUGCGAAUGAGCCGACAAUGCCAUGUGCCGAAGCCUACCUGCUUAUCACUCAACAAAAUUAUCGAGGCUUUAGCGAGGAAGGCAUAGCCGCACUCAUUCAGCAUGGGUUUCGAAAAUCUUCCCUUCCUGGGGAGGGAUGCCACGUCAGGACUGAUGUUCUAUUCAGCUUGCUGGUACUUAUCUCCGAGGCGUGA